ACAAUUAAAAUGGUGUGUUCCCCUCUUUCCAUCCAGUUCUCUUUAGUGUUUGCCAAUGUUGGAGGUGUAACUGGGGUCUGGCCCUGGACAAAGGAAUCGAGCAUGGCUCAAGUGAAAGUACAGACCACAGCGCCCCUGGCUGGUCCUGGCCUUUCCGCCGGAGUUCCCCCGGCGGCCAUGGCCAGCCCAGGACCCCUGGGUCUGCAGCCCUCUGUCAACGGCACAGGCUCGGCUCCAGCACCCGCCUGCCCUGCUCCUGCAGUCGGAUAUGGGGACGCUCCUGUGUCUGUCACACCACCAGGCCCGCCCCAGGAAAACAUGGCAAACCCUAAAGAGAAAACUCCAAUGUGUUUGGUGAAUGAGUUAGCCCGUUUCAAUAGGAUGCAGCCACAGUACAAGCUCCUAAACGAAAGAGGACCUGCACAUGCCAAGAUCUUCACGGUGCAGCUGACUCUUGGGGAGCAGGUAUGGGAGGCAGAAGGCACCAGCAUAAAAAAGGCCCAGCACUCCACUGCUGCCAAAGCCCUGGCUGAGAGUGUCCUUCCCAGGCCUGCACCGCGCUCCCCAAAAGUUGACAUCAACAGCAACCCAGGCAGUAUAACACCCACAGUGGAGCUGAAUGGACUGGCGAUGAAGAGGGGGGAACCGGCGAUCUACAGACCCUUGGAUCCUAAGCCCAUGCCCAACUACAGAGCGAACUACAACUUCAGAGGGAUGUUUAACCAAAGGUACCAUUAUCCCAUUCCUAAGAUCUUCUACGUUCAGCUCUCUGUGGGAAGUCAUGAGUUUAUUGGUGAGGGUCGGACCCGGCAAGCAGCAAGACAUAACGCUGCCAUGAAAGCCCUUCAAGCCUUGCGCAACGAACCCAUCCCUGAACGGCCACCACAGAGCCCAGAAGAAAAAUUGGAGGCAGAAGAAGGAACCGAUGCGAGUAAAUCAGAGAUCAGCUUAGUCUAUGAGAUCGCCCUUAAAAGGAACUUGUCUGUCAAUUUUGAGGUGUUAAAAGAGAGCGGCCCCCCACACAUGAAAAGCUUUCUUACUCGCGUCACCGUUGGGGAGUUCUCUGCUGAGGGCGAGGGCAACAGCAAGAAGCUGUCCAAGAAGCGUGCUGCUCUGUCCAUCCUGCAGGAGUUAAAGAAGCUUCCCUUCAUACCCACUGUGGAGAAACCUAAGACCCACUACAAGAAGCGCACCAAAACUAUCCUGAAGACGGGACCAGAUUAUGGACAAGGCAUGAACCCAAUCAGCCGUUUAGCCCAGAUCCAGCAGGCCAAGAAGGAAAAGGAGCCAGAGUACCAGCUGCUCUCUGAGAGAGGGAUACCCAGACGUCGGGAGUUUGUCAUGCAGGUGAAGGUGAAUAACGAAGUUGCAACAGGAGCAGGACCCAACAAGAAGGUGGCCAAGAGGAACGCUGCUGAGGCCAUGCUGCUACAGCUGGGAUACAAGGCCUCCACGGCUCCUCAGAACCCCACAGAAAUGGACAACAAAGGGUGGAACGGACAAAAAGCGCCUUUUACCGAAACGACAAGCAACACCCAGAAAGGUCUACUCCACCUCAGCCCUGAUGUCUAUCAGGAGAUGGAGGCCAGUAGAAAGCAGAGUGCCAGCUCUGGGGGCAACAGCGGCGGAUCUGUCAACUUCAUGACGUCCAAAGACAUGGUCUCCUGCUCUGCCCCGUUACCCCCUGGCCAUUCUUCGUAUUACAACAGCUCGUCCUCAUCACCCAGCCCAACAGCUUCAAUGGCUAGGGAGCUGCUGCUCAACGGUCAGUCGCCCACCACAGAUACGUCGUUGUCCAUGAAGGGAAAAAACCUUGCCUGUGGCGUCUCAGUACAGCCAGCACAGCAGCUGGACUACUUGGCUCGCAUCCAGGGCUUUCAGGUGCAGUACAGUGAUGCACAGAGUGGCAAAGAUUUUGUGACCUAUCUGACCCUCUCCCCAGUGCAAAUGACCUUCCACGGCACCGGGAGCACCCUCCAAGCCAGCCACGAUCAGGCUGCUCUAAGUGCCUUGAAACAGCUGUCGGAGCAGGGACUGGACCCGGUGGAUGGCCCCAUCAAGACCACUGAACCAUGCGGGAGGGAGGACGGACAUUAAACAGACUAACUCAGGCACCACCACUCAGGUCUGCAAGGAUUCAAAGGCUGUCGUCGAGGAGCUGACAUCCCCAAACCUUUCCUUCAUCGUACCCCAACUCUUGCACCCUACACCCCUGCUAUCCACUCGCGCCCCGUCCCCUUUACCCUCAAUCUUAGACCACGAUUGCCACUGUUUCCUGCUCAACCUGUAACCAUGCAAUAGGGUGGAUGUGCACCGAGAAAUAACAGAGUAUAUAAACCAAUACCUGAGUCUAUGUGAAGACAACGCUAUCUUAACACAUUUGUUGAUGAUUUCCGUUGAAAUUUAGAUGACAACACGGACAGAUGAAGUACAAACUAUUAAGAAAAUUGCAUGGUACUGUGUGAAAUCAAGAAAAAUCCAAAGUUAUACACUACAUAGACCAUUGUCCCUUUGGAUAAACGUUGGUAUGGUUAAAACAAAUAUGUACAUCAUGUCAUUGAAAUACAAAAAGAAACAUAUUAAGGAAGGAUAAACUUGCAUAUACAGUAGCUUAUGUUUCCGGGGGUAUUAUGUUUCCUUUUUUUUAUUUUUUUUAUUUUAUUAAUCUAACAAUGCUUGAGUACUGUAUUUAAAAUUAACCAAUGCCAGUGCUGUGAAAGUUGUAGUUGUUGUCUUCAUAUAUAGUCACCCAGCUUACCCUGUAUGCUGUCGGGGGGAUAAAAAAAACAAAAAAAAAGGAGUUCAUCUAUCUAUAUGGAUGUGUAUGACUUUCAUAAGACUAUCAUAUUCUGAGAAAUGACACAAAAAUGUGGAAAAAAAAAAGACAAAAGUCGUGUUAGCAGUAAUCAGUAAAAGUGUUGGCCACCCAGGAAGGUUGAUGCAGCCUUUCCUUCCUUCGGGUCGACCAGUCCCGUUUUAAUAUGAAGCCACACUGGCAUAAAUUCACUGGAGCAUCACCUGAACAGCAGCAAAGGGGCCCCCUUGUGUUUUAUUUUUAUUUUUUUUACCAAAAGUAGGCCUGUUCUUGAUUGACUGCAGCUAAAAGUAGCUACACAUUCUCUAAUGCCAGUAACUUUUCAACUUAAAAAGUCCAAAGUUGAAUACAGGCUGCAUGUUCUCCAGUGAAUGGGAACCCUCUCCGUUUCAGUGAUUUUGUGUCAGUGGAUCCCCUCUUCCCCCUCUCCUCCCCUCAGUUUUGUCGAUCACAUCUACACCCAUUGUGUGUGUUGUAUUGACCUGCCAAGGCAUCAACUGGGUGUUUUUAAUGCCUGUGUUUCUGGAGUGUUCCCCUUUUAGUGGAGGGAGUCUGCCACAUAUCUGCAGACUCUCUCUGCUAAAACGCUACCUUGGAUCACUUUGUCCACUGAUACGGAGGAUGUGUCUUCUUCUUCGCUGUGAUUUCAAUGAGGACUCCGGCUAUUUCUGUGGAUAACACACAGUAAAACCACCUGAGUUAAUGUGGAAA